AUGAAUUGGUCACUCGGGACUCUUCCAUUGUUCGGCAUGCUGCACCGGGCUCUUGCCCUCACAGUCCUGCUCUUUGUGUGUGAGUCGUGCGGCUGGCUGCACAGCACCGCUCCAUCCAUUCGCGUGUGGGACGGAUGCUUCGCUGCGCGCGAGUUGGACCUGGUUCGAGCUGCAUGUGCUCAGAGAGGGCACUCCUUCACGAGCGUCUACGACCGGCGGCCCGAGGACGGCCCGUGUCGCGGCGGCCGCACGAUCAUCGAGGCCGCACUGAACUCUCUGCUGGACGAGCUUGACGAUGACUCCCGCUUCGUCGAGUUUUGGUACCGAGACCAGUGGAAGCCCAUCGACCCUCAUCGUGACGUUGACGAGGCGCUAUGCCGCCGCAUUCGUCUCGGGCCGGACGGUUAUGGCCACCAGCGCUGCCCACACUGGGGCCACGUUCUCUAUCUCGACGUGGCGAGCUGCGUGCGCGCGCCCACGUGCAUCUUCGACGAAGAUGUCGGCGAUGCACUGCCCCGCAACGAUGGCAAGGCGCCACGGCCGUCCACGCUGUACUCUGUGCCAGCGACGUCGAACCGACUGCUGCGCUUUGAUGGUGCCGCCCUCCAUUCGGUGCCUUAUCCCACACUGGCCUACCUUGGCGAUGAGCAGCCUGUGGAUGAGGGGCGCCGUGCAGUCCUCCUCUUCAAUACGUGGGACGAGCCGCCGCUGCUGCCGUCUGCGGAUGAUGAGCCUGCCCGCAACGCGAUCGAGGCGUUUGCAUCGCUGGGCAAUCCGCUGCCUCGCUGGUGCCUGCCGCGCGACCAGUGGCGCGAUAAUCCCGUGGCGAGCGUGUCUGCGCCCGACGCACACGAGUCCACGCUCUUGUCGCUCCCGCUGCUCGGCGACAUGUGCCGACGUGGCUGCGAGCCGGAGAGUAUCGCUCUGCGUGCGCCCUCGCGCGCGACCAGGGCAGCGCUGCUCUCUGAUCGGGAGGUUCACGCCAUUCCUCUCAGCUGCGACUUUGGGGCGGCCGAGUCCGCCGAAGCAGCGAAGCCGUUGGAGACGGACAACAUAUUCAUCCACGAGCUGGAGCCCAUGUUCUUCGAGAGUGAAUGA